AUGCACGCUCCUACACCUCCGUCGCUCCCGCCCAAACCAGGCAGCCACGACACCAGCCGUAUCGGCACGCCCGUCACUUCUAACUCACCUCGACCCGGCGCCGGCUCGGGCCAAGCCGGUCUCGAGUUCGCGCGACCAGAACCCAUUCCAGACCCAGGUGAUCAAUGGCUUCCAACAGCGUUGCAAGAUAAGUCGAAACAGGAUCUGGCCGACAUAGUGACGGACCCCCGAAUUCUGAGCGCUCUCACUCAUGCACCGAGCACAAUUCAUCCUUCGCUUGCUGCUUCUCAUCAAGCUCUUCAAGGAGCCCUGGCUGAGAAUCUUGAACUAGCGUCGCGCCUGAUCGAACUUGAGGCUAGACUAGCACAGCAGCGAUCAACGACCCAGGCUCAACUUCUCUCUACGCAUGCGUUGGAACGACAGUGGCGACAGAAGCAGUCCGAUAUGGACCACGCUCUGUCACCUUUCUCGCCAGCUUCCCUGUACCAAAGAUUGGGUCAAGGGGUGCACGAACAAGCUUCUAUUUGCCACGUUCUAGAGGAAAGCUUCAUCGAUGGAGAAGGGGAUGGUGCAUUUGCGUCUGAAAGGGAAACGCUGGAUUGGAUCAAACGGUAUAGAGAUGCCAAAGUGCUCCAUUACCUGCGGCAAGAGAGAAAAGAACGGUGGGACGAAGGUCGUGUUGGAGGCUGGAGGUAA